CUGAAGCCCGCAGCCGUGUCCGGAAGGCUCGCCCACCAUGUUUUAUGGGACUCACUUCAUCAUGUCUCCGCCCACCAAGAGCAAGCUGAAGCGGCAGGGCCAGCUGUUGUCCAGCAUGCUAACCCGGACGCUGAGCCACAAGUACCGUGACCUGGACCCUUCCUUCUCUGGCCUGGGUGCCACUGAUGACCCCGCCGAACUCUCCACGCAGCUCUCGGCCCCCGGGGUCCUGAAGGUGUUUGGGGACAGUGUCUGCACGGGCACCCACUACAAGAGUGUGCUGGCCACGGGCGCCUCCAGUGCCCAGGAGCUGGUGAAGGAGGCGCUGGAGCGCUACGCCCUGGACCCUGAGAGCGCCAGCCAGUACGUGCUGUGUGACGUGGUGGGCCAGGCCGGGGGCCCGGGGCAGCGCUGGCAGGCCCAGUGCUUCCGGGUGUUUGGGGAUAACGAGAAGCCCCUCUUGAUCCAGGAGUUGUGGAAACCCCGAGAAGGUUUAUCCCGGAGGUUUGAGCUGAGAAAGCGGUCAGACGUGGAAGAGCUGGCCGCCAAGGAUGUGGACACCGUCACGGCAGGGAUCAAUGCGCAGGCCCGGAGGCUGCAGCGGAUCCGUGCGAAGGGAACUCCAGCCCUGGCCCCAGGGGCUGCCCGGAGUUCCCCCCAGCCCCGGCUGCGCCGCACGGUCAGCGAGACCAGCCUGAACCCGGCUACCACCCUGCCCGACGUCUCCCAGGGCCCUGAGGAGCCCGGCCAGGACGCCAUGCGCUACUCCCUCUUCCAGUGCCCACACCUGCUCCUCCUGCAGGGCUACAGCCAGCAGCACGACAGCCUGGUGUAUGUGCUGAGCCGGGAGCGGCACACGGUGGGCCAGCGGACCCCCUCCAGCAAGCCCAGCAUCAGCCUCUCUGCCCCUGACAUCCUGCCCCUGCACUGCACCAUCCGCCGGCACCAGCCCCUGGACGGUGCUGCCGGGCCCAGGCUGGUGCUAGAGCCCAUCCCCGGGGCCCCCGUCUCCGUCAACUUCUCCGAGGUGGGGCGACGGACAGUGGUGCUGCACCAUGGCGACCUGCUCUCCCUGGGCCUCUACUACCUGCUGCUCUUCAAGGACCCUGCGCAGGCCCAGCCUCUGCCCGCCCGGGCCCUGGCACGCCUCCGGGCCGUGCCGCAGAGCUGCCGGGUGUGUGGCGCUGCGCUCACCCCGUCCAUGCCGGAUGCCCUCCCUCGCCGACGGCGGCUGCACCUGGAGUUUGAACGUGAGGAGGAGGACACCCUGGUGCAGAGGAUCAUGACGCUGAUCGAGCCUGGGGGCGACGACCACAAGCUGACCCCUGCCUUCCUCCUCUGCCUGUGCGUCCGGCACUCGGCCACGCGCCUGGAGCCAGGCACAUUUGGACAGCUCCUGCUGAAGAUCGCCAAGGCCGUCCGCGGGACAGUCUGGGAGAAAACCAAAGAACUAGCGGAGAAGCAGGCGCGACUCCAGGAACCCCUCUCCUGGGCCAGCUUCCCCAUGGCUGAUCUCGUGCCAGACCUGCAGCACAUUCUCUUCUGGAUGUCCAACGCCAUCGAGCUCCUGUACUUCACCCAGCAGGCCUGUCCACUCUACGUGCAGAGCCUGGAGGACGAGCUGGACGUGACAGGUUCCAAGGAGUCGCUGUUCUCCUGCACGCUGACGGCCAGCGAGGAGGCCAUGGCGGUGCUGGAGGAAGUGGUGCUGUACGCCUUCCAGCAGUGCGUGUACUACCUGUCCAAGUGCCUGUACGUCUGCCUGCCGGCCCUGCUGGAGUGCCCCCCGUUCCAGACGGAGCCCCGAGAGAGCUGCGGCUCGGCCCCUGCGCUGCCCGAGGAGCUGCGCCGCGUCGUGUCCGUGUACCAGGCCGCCCUGGACCUCCUGCGGCAGCUGCAGGUGCACCCCGAGGUCGCCUCCCAGAUGCUCGCCUACCUCUUCUUCUUCUCGGGCACGCUGCUCCUCAACCAGGUCCUGGACAGGGGCCCCUCCCUCAGCUGCUUCCACUGGCCCCGAGGCGUCCAGGCCUGCGCCCGCCUGCAGCAGCUCCUGGAGUGGAUGAGGAGCGCCGGCCUCGGGGCGGCUGGGGAGCGCUUCUUCCGGAAGCUCUCCUGCACCCUCCACCUGCUGGCCACUCCCAGUGCCCAGCUCAUCCAGAUGAGCUGGGCCGGCCUGCGGGCCGCCUUCCCUGCCCUGAGCCCAGCGCAGCUGCACCGGUUACUGACGCAGUACCAGCUGGCCUCUGCCAUGGGCCCCUUGAGUGCCUGGGAGCCGGGGCCCCAGGACAGCCCUGAAGCCUUCCAGCUAGAGGACGUCCUGGAGUCCUACGAGCACCCCCCGCCCAUCGUGCUGCCGAGUGAGGGCUUCCAGGUGGACCUGGACGCGGACUGCCUGGACGACAGCAUCUACCGGCACCUGCUCUACAUCCGCCACUUCCUGUGGGGCCUGCGCAGCCAGGCCGGCUCCGGUGGCAAUGCCACGUGGCCAGCACACGGCGAGGGCGUGCACCCCAUUACUGAGCGACAUCCUGGGGGCCAAGGCGGAGCCCUGGAAGCUGCUCCCAUCAGCUCCCUUUCUUCUGGAGCUCCCCUGGGAAGGCAGCCCAGCCAUAGGGGCCGUGGGGGCCCCCAGCAGGGCCCGCUGCAGGCAGACCCCUCGUGUCUGCUCACGCCUCCCAGCACCCCACUGGGCCUCGAGUCCAGAGACCCCGACUGGCCUGAGCCCGGCAUCCCCUGUGGCAAAGCGCUCCCGGAAGGGCAGAGGAACGGACUGGGCAGCCCCCCAGGGACGGCACCGGAAGGAGACUCCGUGGCCCCCGUGGACGAGCCCCCUCUCGCACCCUCCAGUGGCAGCUCCAGCACGGACGACUUCUGCUACGUGUUCAUGGUGGAGCUGGAGCGAGGCCCCUCGGGGCUGGGGAUGGGCUUGAUCGAUGGCAUGCAUACGCCCCUGGGCGCCCCGGGGCUCUACAUCCAGACCCUGCUGCCGGGCAGUGCCGCAGCAGCUGACGGACAGCUGUCGCUCGGAGACCGGAUCCUGGAGGUGGACGGCCACAGCCUGAUGGGCGUCAGCUACCUGAGAGCUGUGGAUCUCAUCCGACGUGGUGGCAAGAAGAUGCGGUUUCUGGUCGCCAAGUCUGACAUGGAGACAGCCAGGAAAAUCCGCUUCCGCACGCCCCCUCCCUAG